UCACCACGUGGCAGCCUGCAUGUCGGCAGAGUGCGACAGCAGGGCCUCUGGCUCGAAGGCGCUGUUGGCUUGGUUGGGAAUGUACAGCCGGUCGCCGUCCUGCCGGUGCAGCCUGUCCAGGUCGAUCAGCACCCCCUCCAAAGCAGCACCGCCUCCCCCACGCACCACUAUGUUCUUGUGCUAAAUACAUAAAACAAGACAGAGAGGUAACCACCCAGCCAGGCAGGCAGGCACACAGAUGAACCCCAAACCUCAGCAGCGCUCGUGUGUGUGAGGUUAGGGGGAGUGUCUACGUGGAUGUCGCCGUGGAUCAGCCCCCGCAGCCCCAGGUAGUGCACGGCGUCGACGACGUCCCUCACGAUGCCCGCCAGCUGGGCAUCGGGCAGCGGCCCCGUCAGGUCGGCCAACGUGCCUGCAUCCAUCCAUCCAGCCAGCCAGCCAGCACAGAUAGACAGACAGGUACACUAAGAGCUCAACAAACAACCAGCCGUCUAAUGUUUGUGACUUACGGUCUAUCCACUCCAUGCGGUAUGCUGUCACCCCCUGUAGGUGGUGCCCUUGGGCGUGGGGCGGCAUGGGGAUGUGGUACGUCUCGGCCACGCGGACGAUGCUCCUGGGCGGCUGCUCGACGCCCUCUUCGGUGGCCCUCUGCGCCUGCUGGCGGCAGUCCUCCACCCAGAGGUCGUUCCCGGUCCGCAGGAAACCCUCAACCUGCACGCAUACAGACGAAGUGCGGGUGAGCCGUGCCAGUGGACAGCUCUGUGGACUCACUCACCGGCUGGGCGCAGUCCAUGUGGUCGUUGGAGAGCAUCUUGACAGCCCAGCGGACGCCCCUCUUGUCCCUCCUGGCGAACGCCGUGCCGUAUUUCCCGCUCCGCUGUGGCACGGUGGGGUCGACCGUCAGGCCCUUCUGCUGGGCCAGCCACACCUGCUGUGUGGUAGGCUGUGUGCCUCGCGGAAAAAAGGCAUCAGACCAAAAAAGAAAAAGGAGGCAAGUCUCCUCGUCUCGCGCGAUUCUCGCCCCAAAACCCUACACCCUAACCCUGCCGCAUCGCUGCCAUCUGUGCUGGCUGAUGAGGCGCAUGAGAAUGAGCGCAGCCGCCUUGACCGCCAGCAGAUGUGAGGCGCUCUUUCCCAU